CAAGGAGGCUUUUGCAUGAUGUGCAUUAUGCAGAACCAUGUGAUCCAGGCUUUUGCCAACAGCGGCAACGCCAUAAAGCCAGUGUCCUUCAUCCGAGACCUCAAGAAGAUUGCCCAGCACAUCCGCUUCGGCAGGCAGGAGGAUGCGCACGAGUUCCUGCGUUACACCAUUGAUGCCAUGCAGAAGGCCUGCCUGAAUGCCUGUACCAAGCUGGAUCGCCAGACCCAGGCCACGACGCUGAUUCACCAGAUCUUUGGCGGUUACCUGCGAUCCCGUGUGAAGUGCUUUGUGUGCAAGAGCGUCUCGGACACCUAUGACCCUUACCUGGACCUGGCGGUGGAGAUCAGGCAAGCCGCAAACAUAGUGCGGGCAUUGGAGCUGUUUGUGAAGCCAGACAUGCUGGGUGGGGACAACGCCUACAUGUGUGCCAAAUGCAAGAAGAAAGUGUCGGCCAGCAAACGCUUCACCAUCCACCGAGCCUCCAAUGUUCUCACACUCUCGGUGAAGCGCUUUGCCGACUUUGGUGGAGGCAAAAUCACAAAGGACGUGGGGUACCCCGAGUUCUUGAACAUCCGCCCAUACAUGUCUCAGAACAACGGGGAUCCUGUCAUGUAUGAACUCUAUGCAGUGCUGGUGCACUCUGGGUACAGCUGCCAUGCAGGGCACUACUACUGCUACGUGAAGGUCAGCAAUGGGCAGUGGUAUCAAAUGAAUGAUGACGUGGUCCGCCUCAGCAACAUCAAAGUGGUCCUCAAUCAGCAGGCCUACCUGCUGUUCUACCUAAGAAUCCCCAGCCCCAGGAAGAGCUCGGAGGGACCCAUUGCCAAGGCAACCUCCAGCCUGCCUGGCCGCACUGGCGGCAUCUCUGAUCAGGUCAAGAAGACUGUGACCAACGGGCCCCUGUCUUCACCGCUGAUGGGCCAGAGAUCAGACACGCUGCCAGGGAAGAAGCUGCCAGAGCCGGAGGAGGUUGGGGUCCCUGUGGCCCGCAGCACGUUUGGGAUGGGGCCAAAGCUGCCGAAUGGAACUGCUCCGCCGAAGCUGCCCGCUGGGUCCCCGUCACCCAAACUGCCCCUCAAAGCCACCCACACGGCCACAGCACUGCCCAAAGAUGCAGCCCAGAGGCCCAAGAAGCCACUCUCCUUACCGCAGCUGCCUCCUGCGCCCAGCAACACCAGCAACACAAGCAGGGCCAAAGCAGAGCUGCCCCAGCAGAGCUCCUCGGAGGGCAAGCAGCCACCUACCUCACCCAAGCUGCAGCUGGAGCCCAGCCCCAGCCAAGAGCCCGGGGACAGUGGGGAGAAUGCCAGGACCCUGGAGAGGGACUCCUGCAGCAGCAGUGCUGCCAGCCCAGUGCCUGGCACGGCAGGGAAGCUGGCCAAAGCGUCCCAGAAGGCCAAGAGCAGAACCGGCAGCUUCUGCACCUCUCAGGAAACGGACUGUGGCACCGACCUCCCUGCUGGCCCUGACGCCAAGCCAGCUGCCCCCAAAGACUCCAAGCCGGCGAAAUUGAAAUCUACCUUGUUGGCCAGCGCAGCUCUGGAGCUGAGCAGUACCAUGUCACCGCCACCGGCUAAGAAGCUGGCACUCCGCUCCAAAAAGGGCAGCACCCCACGGAAGGUGAGCAGAAGUGACCGCCACAUACAACCUCACCCGCAACGUGCUGACCAUACCUACCCCACGAACACCACCCACCCUGACUCCACUCCCUGGCCUUCUGGCAAGUCGAGGCUGUCCUCACCUGCUCUCAAACUGCCAAAUCCUGAAAAGCCUGCCUUCAGCUUCAUCCUCAACUCAGCCCCUUGGUCCCCAGGCUCCCCCCUGACCAACGGUUCCACUGCCCACCCUUUACACCACCUUCCUCCCUGCAGCAGGGAGAAGGGGCCUAGCCAGGUCACCCCUGCUUCCUCCAAAAAGAAGCAGCGAAAGCAGCGUCAUGGAGCCGGCAGCAGUCCUUGUGCUCUGGCUGUGAAGGGCAAGGAUGAAGUCUCCAGCCCCACCAAGAAGAAGAAGAAGAAGAAAAAGAAGAAGAAUCUCGCUCAGGAGGGCUCGGUGUCCCUCGUGGGAAAGGAGGUGGCAGGCAAGAGUCCCAGCGGCGGCAGGGAGGCGCCGGGCUGUCAGGACCUUGAGAGCAGGCCCAAGCAGCAAGUGUCAGACCCCAGUACUUGCCUGGACACAGAGCCCAUCUCCCCCGUCAAGAAGAAGAAGAGGAAAAUAGAGGAGACAGAAGAGUGCUGCUCUGGGAUGCUGUCCUCGGGCAGCUCUAGGAGUGCUGAGACAGAGCCCUGUAGGACAAAGCAGCGGCGGAGCGUGGAGGCUGGGGCUGGAGAGAGCGAGCACCGCAAGCGCAAGUGGAGGGAAAGCCUCGGCAGCCCAGCCUCGGAGCGCCUGGCUGACAAUGGCAUCAGCGUCGCAGAUGGCACCCCAGUGGCAGCAUGCACCUGGGACAGCCAGGCUGGAGACACGUGCAGGCGCUACCCAGCUGCCCUGAGCCCCAAGCCUGGCCAGGGGCCUGCCACAGCACCUGGGAGCCAGGAGGAGUCCAGCGUGGUGGAGGAGCUGCUCAGGAACUCCUUGGACAAGGCUUAUGGCAAAAAAGUCUUGACCUGGGACGGCGAGAUCUCGGCUGUCAGCCAGGAUGCCAUUCGGGACACAGCAUUGGCCCGGAGCGAGACCAUCAUUGAUGAGUGGGACAAGGAGUUUGACAGAGGGAAGGUAAAGAAGGUGAAAAAGCUGAAGCGGGAGCGGGGACACUUCAAUCCCUUCCAGCAGCUGCAGAGCAAGCGCAACUUCUGGUCCGUGACGCAUCCUGCCAAGGGGGCCAGCCUAAGCAAUCGGCUGUGAGGUGGAGAUCUCUGUUCCCCAGCUGGUGAACAGAGCAGUCUUGGGUCAAGGACCAGUGGGGGAGCAUUGUCCUGGGAGCUGCUGGUGGAUCCUGCUGCGGAGGGGAGGGGAUGCUGGUCCUGUGUGUCUCCAGGGCCCCAGCCCUGGGGUCGUACUGUACCUGGUGUCCUC